AUGCACAGGAGUAGAGAUAAUAUUGUUAAAAAUAAUAAUAAAAAUGAAUUAAUAAAUUCUCAAAAUGAUAAAAAUUUACCAAUAGAAAAAACAAAAUACAUCAAUAUUUCCUAUCAUAUAAGAAAAUUAUUCAGUUAUUGUGAUGCUGACAUAAUUAGAAUAGAAAAUAAUUUAAUUAUUUAUAAUAGUUUAAUUGAUAACAUAAAAAAGAAUGGAAAUAGAUUAGUAAAAAAAGAAAUAGAGAAAAUAAUAAGAGAAAAAGAAGGAAAUGAGAAUUACUGUUUUAAAGAAAUGAAUGAUGAAGAAUAUAAAAUUAAUAAUUUUGAAUUAAAAAAAGUAGAACUUGAUUUUAAAUUUAUUGAAUGUAGCUUAUGUUUUGAAUUAAUUAAAUUUAUAUGUGUUCAAGAUUGUAAUCAUACUUUUUGUUUUCUUUGCUUCUAUCGAUUGUUGAAUAUGGAGAAAAAAGAAAAAGACAAUGAAAAUAAUAAUAUUAGAAGUAAUAAUAUGAGAAGUAAUAAUUCUGAAAUAAAUAAUAACUUGAAUAGAAAUAGUUUACUAUAUAGACAAGAUAAUGAACAUACUAAUGAAAAUAUCAUAUCACAACAUAGAAGAAAAAAUAUAAAAGAUGAAAAAUAUAAUUGUGGUCUUGAUAAAGUUAAAAUGAAAUGCCCAUUUUGUAAAGAACAGAAUGAAUAUAUAUUUGUAUGUUUAAAUAACUUUUAUACCUAUUUUACUUAUGAUAAUUUAUUACAAACGCUAAUAGGAAAAGAAAAGGAAAAGGAAAAGGAAAAGGAAAAGGAAAAGGAAAAGGAAAAGGAAAAGGAAAAGGAACAAUACUUUAUAAAUAAAUCAAGUGAAUCUAGUGAAAUGAAAGAAGAUUUUCUUAAAAAAAAAUAUAAAGGAAGAGAAGAUGAUAUACAUCAAAAUAUACGAAGAAAAGAAUAUUCUUCUUGUGAUAUAGAAGAAAAAGAGAAAAAAAAAAGUUUAGAUUGUAAUGAAAAUGAAACUUUAGUAGAAGAGGUAACAGCAACAACGAUAAAAACUGAAUUUAAAAAAUCCUUUUCGUCAUAUUACGAUGACAUUAUUAUUUUACGAAAAAUUUUAAAGAAAAAUGAAGAAAAUGAGUUAAAAAUAAAUACAGUAAAAAAAAGUGAAAAUACGUAUUUAUUUUUUUAUUAUGAAAAAUACAUAAAAUGGAAGAAAAAAAGAAUAAAAUAUUUAUUGAACUGUGUUAAUUCUGAAAAAAGAUAUGCAUUUUUUUCUAAAAUAUUUUUAGACACGAAAAAAAAUAUAUUUUAUGAAUAUUUUUAUAUAUUUAGUUUAUCAACUCUUCUAACGAACUAUUUUUGUUUGUUAUCUCCAUGUGUUGAUUAUUGGACAAAAAUUCAAAACAAAAAAGUAGAGAAAUAUAAAUUAAAUAAUAAAAUAGAUAAAUUUUAUGAGAAAAUUUAUAUAAAUAAUGAAAAAGAUAUAUUAAGAAAAAAAAAUGAUUCUAUAUAUGAUAAAUAUCAGCAACAUACAAAAAACAUAUAUUAUAUUAGAGAAGAAGAGUCAGAAUUAUCUGAUGAUUAUUUUAAGGUUAUAGAUAUAUUUUGUAAAACAUGUUUUACAAACUUAGAUAAUAUAAAUAUUUUAAACCACUUAAAAUAUGAUUGUUAUACUAGAUUAAGUGAUUUAUGUAGGCACAUAAGUGAGCAUAAUAAAAUAUAUUGUGAUAUUUGUGUUGGAAAUAAUGAUAAUAUAUUUUUAUUUGAGUAUAAUAUAUUCUAUAAGAGAUUUUUAAAAAAUCAUAUAGAAUAUGGUGAAAAAAUAUCAGAAAAUAAAUAUAAAAUAAGACAUAUAUAUUGUCAUUUAUGUGGGUUUUAUUUAUAUGAUUAUGAUUCUUACAUGAAUCAUAUAAAUAAGUACCAUUUUUUUUGUAAAUUUUGCUUUAACAAAAAACCUAAUGAAAAUAAUGAAGUUGUAAAAAAUGAAAUAGAAGAAAUUAUUUAUUACGAUGAAUUAAAUCUUCAUGUAUAUAGAGAUUAUAUAAAUUUGUUUGAACAUUAUAAAAAGAGGCAUUAUCCGUGUUUAUAUGAACAAUGUAUUUUUGUUGUAUUUGAUAAUAGAAUUGAUUUAUGUCUUCAUUUAGCAGAAAAGCAUGAAGAAAAAGGUCAUAAAAAAAAUAAAAUAACAUUUUCCAUAGCAGGGGCUUCUUAUAGUGAAUUAAGAAAUAAUGCAAAUAAUAGCAAUAGAGAAAAAGAAAAUAAGAAUAUAUCUGAUUAUAUAAAAGAAAAUGAUUUCAUAUCAGAUAAUAAAGAGUCAAUUGAUAUAAAAAAUUAUAAAUGUAUAUAUAAUUUUAAAAGGUUUUAUGAUUCCUGGUAUUUUGAUUUUUAUAUUGAAUGCAAAGUUGUAAAUUUCAUAAAGUAUUUUAGUAAUAAGAAACAUUUUUUUCUGUACAUUAUAAAAACAGACAUAGAAAUAAUUUUAAAUGUUUUUCAAAAUUUGUCUAAAAAAAAUUCCAAUUUAUAUUUUUCUCAAGAAGAAAUAGUAGAAUUAAACAAAAAUAUUAUAGAUGGAGAUUUUCCUAUAAAUAAGAAUAAUUUUUUUGUGUUCAAAUUAUUCUUUGAUUAUAUAAUAGAAAAAGUAGAUUACCUUUUAUAUAACAAAGAAGAUUUAGAAAAAAAUUAUUUAUAUUUAUUUUUUAAUAUAAUUAUUAAUAGAUCUUUUAUUUUAUAUUAUUCUUUUUUCUUCCUUUAUUUGAAUGAAAGAUAUGUAAACUUAGAAAAGGUGGUAAAUAUAGAUAAUGUAAAAAAUAAUCACAAUUAUCAGAAAACUCAACAAAUAUAUAAAUAUGAAAAGGAUAUGGUAAAGUUAAAAAAAAUAAUAGAAUCAAAUGCGAAUAUAAACUUAACUCAUUUAAGUAAAUAUGGAUUUCUAUAUUUAAUUUUUUUAUUUUUUAAAGUUGAUAAAUAUAGUUUUGAAAAAAUCUGUACCUUUUUAAAAACCAUUUCUUUAUUAUGUAAUGAUGUAUAUAACAAUUUAAAUAAAAUAGAAAAAAAAGAAGAUUCAAAUAAAAUAUUAAUACCUAUAAUUUAUAAGAAAAAAGAAGAUAAAAUUUGUGAGAAAGAAAAGAACACAAACUGUUUGUUGAAUGCAAUAAAAACACAGAAUGAUUUCACAGAAUUAGAAGAUAUUGAUCAAUUAAUUAAAAAAUGUUUAAAAAGAAAAAAAUACAAUACUAACAUAAUUAAUAAUAUAUAUGAUAAAAAAUGGGAUAUAUCAAGAAAAGUAGUAUUAGAUUUACUAUACUAUGUUCAACCAAAUUUAAAUUUAGUAUCCUUCUUUUAUUUAUUUUUAAGUAAUUAUUUUUCCACUUAUAUGAAAGAGCAAAACAUAAAUAAAAUAAUUAACCUAUCAAAUGAAAACAAAAAAAAAAUAUUAAAUAGAAUAUCAUAUGGAGUAGAUUUAGCAUCAUUAACUAGCAUAUCAAAGGAUUUAAGUAGUUUUGUUAAUGCAAAAGCAUUAGAAGAAUGUUUGUCUACUGGCCCCGAAUAUUAUAGAAUAAGAAAAGAUAUUGAAACUAUUUUAAGAGGAAGUAAUAAAAAUGGAAAAAAUCAUAAAGAUUCAGGAAAUUUAAAUAUAAAUGAUAUUAAAAUAAAUAUUAAUUUAUAUGAUAUAUCUUUGUCAUUAAGGAAUAGAUUUUUAAAUAUAAUAAAAAGUACAAAAUUGAAUGAACUUUAUUUUAUUUAUUUCUAUGUUAGCACUAUAAUGACUUCAAAUUGCACUUUGCCUUCUAAAAAUGAAGAAUUUCCAUCUCUUAUUGAUAACAGUAGUAAUACCAAUACUCUAAGUAACACAAAUACAAAUAAUUCAUAUAAAAACAAAGUAGAAAUGAAUAAAGAACAAACAUUAAAUUCAAAAAAUAUAAAUAUUGAUUUAGAUUAUCCACCUUUAAUAGAAUCUAAAAAGGAAGAUAUAAAAAACAUAUCAACACCAAAAAAUAAUAAAAAAAAAGGAAAUAAAGAUAUAUCAGAAUGUAUAGAUAAUGUUAUGAGUAAAAAUAACAAAAAUAUUCCGCGUAAUCAAAACACGUUAACAAUUAAUGAAAAAAAAAAAGAAAAUGAAGGCAAUUUAAAAAAACUUAAUAGCAAAAAAAAAGAUUUUGGCUGUAAUAGUUAUCCUUCAUUAAGUGGUAAUAAUGAUGAAAAUAAAACAAAAAAAAAUAAAAAUGAUCAAAAUUUUUUGAAGUCAUAUAAUCCAGAAGAGUUUCCAUUAUUACCAUCGAUAGAGGAAAGUAAAAAAAAAAAAAUUAAUAAAAAUAAUCAAAGUAUUUUUAAAACAUAUAGUUCAGAUGAAUUUCCUUUGCUUGCUUCAAUAGAAGAAAAUAAAAAAAAAAGUAAUAACAAUAAUUCCAAUAUUAAAUAUAUGAACAAUAAAAAAGAUAAACAGAAUAAACUUAACAAAAAGACUGACUCAUCAUUAGAUACUAACUACAAAUCAUAUUUAAAUGCAUCUGAACUUAAUAUUACAUACACUAUAAAAAAAAAAAAUAAAUUAAAAAAAUGUACUAUGUGCACAUAUGAAAAUCCUUAUGAAAGAACAAAAUGUGAACUAUGUGAAAGUAUUCUAUGA